CGAACGGCGAAGAAACUUUCUCUCAGUGUCCUUUCUUGAUGAUUGAUGAUUGAUAAUCGCUCAUUUGUAAUUAUCCUACCACUCUUUUAGCCUUUGAACAAUUUUCAAGUGAAAUAUCCUUCUCGUCGCCAUGCCACCUUUUCCAUCACCUGCGACAGGCCAGCAGCGAGAGUCCUACACGCAAAUGGGUCCAGAGCACGACCUCGAAUCGAUAGGCAAACACUGCCAGUUCGAAUACUGUCACCAACUUGAUUUCCUCCCAUUCCGGUGCGAAUCAUGCAAGAAGACGUACUGUCUCGACCAUCGGACCGAAACGGCGCACAAGUGCCCCAACGCCGGAGAAUGGGCUGCGGCGCGAAGGAGGAAAGAAGCCAGUGCCACGAGUAACAAUAACAAUAAUAACCGUAUGCUCUCGCCGUCGACACUGCUGCCCAACUCUAAACCGACGAUCUAUAACUCGGCGCAGUGUUCCCACCCGAAGUGCAAGACGCUUAUCCACACGCUUCAGAAUCCCGGCGUACAUUGCCAGAAUUGCAAUAGGCAUUAUUGCUUGUCACAUCGGUUGCGCGAAGACCAUGAUUGUACGAAGCUAAUCCCUCUCGGAGCGAGGCCGGUGGGAGGGAAAUCUGUGGCGCAGACAAACGUAGACAAAGCGCGUUCCGCAUUUUCCAAGUUGCGCGCUUGGGGGAAAGACAAGUCGUCGAGCGUCACGGCGAAUCUAGCACCGAAGCCCAAGCCACCAAGCAGCGCAGCCACGCGGAUAGCGAACCUAAAUGCGCUGAAGAGAUCAGCGAAAGGCGACUCGAACCUCGAUGUAUCGAAGCGGUUUUAUCUCCAUGUCGAGGCGUCGGCGGAUACGACGAAGUCGAAAUUUCCCUCCGGGGACUUUUACUUUGAUUCGUCAUGGAGUGUGGGGCGGGUAUUGGACGAUGCUGCAAAGAGAUUACAGGUGCAGAAUGUGAAUAAUCGUGUGGAAGGGGAGGAUGAAAGAUUGAGGGUAUUUCAUGUUGAAGGGGGAAGGCUUUUGGAUUUCUCAGAGAAAAUUGGGAACUGCAAGGUUGCGCAAGGUGACACAAUAGUCUUAUUGAGGGGCGUGGGACCACCGAUACCCGAUUUGAUCGAGGCAUGAUCUCUUCCGUGUAUGGCCUAAUCUUGAAAUUUCUUCAUUUGGGCGUUAUUUUCGUGAGCAAGUCUUCUGGGUUACAUUAGAUAUCUAUCUUACAAGAGCAUGGGAGUUCUGGGCGCAUUUGACGGGAUAAGAAUAACAAUUUUGCCUUGAUAUUUGGCCAAAUUUCAAUAUAUUGACGACAGUUUAAUGAAAACCGUUUCUAUUC